UAAUUGUUGGUAAUGCAACAAUAAGACCCACACAGGAGGACCAAAGAGCUGAAACCAGAAACACGAGGACUCAGAGAGGUUCACAGAGGUCAAACACCACACAUUCUAAAGCAACUUUUUGUUCAGAAUUCUGCAAUAUGGAAAAUAGGGAGCAAAUCGUUGAUAAAUUUGAUGCCUGGCAAGAAGUUUUUGACGACUGGCAAGGGGCUAUUUUCAGCCUUCAAAAUGACGUACAAAUGAAAUUGUCCACUAUGCUGCAGGGAGGUGAAGUUUUGAGUCGAGAAGCCAUUGUUACAUCCGUGAAUUUAUGUCAAGAUAUUUUAAACGAUUUAUUGUUCUUGGAAUCACAAGUCGAAGAAACACUUAAGAACUUACAGCUUAUGAUGGACCAAUUACCUUCAGGACCAAAGAGGAGGAGGAUGCAGACAGAAGAUAUGUAA